AUGGCAGGAAUUUCUGUUGUGGGUCGAAAUUAUUAUGGUGUGUUCCCAUUGAGAGGUAAAUUGCUUAAUGUGAGGGAAGCAAGCCAUAAACAGAUCAUGGAAAACGCUGAAAUUCAGAGCAUCAAGCAGAUUCUUGGACUUCAGCAUGGAAAACAGUAUGACAGUGUGAAAACUUUGAGAUAUGGUCAUUUGGUGAUCAAGACUGAUCAGAAUGUUGGUGGACAUUACGAGACAUGGAACACUGGAGUCUUAGGUCCAGUCGCACUGCGUGGUCUUGACCAGGGAAAAUGGGACUUGUCCUGGGCAAAAUGGACUUACCAGGUUGGGCUGAAAGGAGAGAUCAUGAAUCUUGUCUCCCCUGAUGGUAUUUCCUCUGUUGACUGGAUGCAAGGUUCUUUGAUUGCACAAAAACAGCAACCAUUAACAUGGCAUAAGGCUUAUUUCAAUGCACCUGACGGAGACGAGCCUCUGGCUUUGGACAUGGGGAGUAUGGGAAAAGGUCAAGUAUGGAUUAAUGGUCAGAGCAUUGGAAGAUAUUGGACAGCGUUCGCAACUGGUAAUUGCAAUGGACAUGGGGAGUAUGGGAAAAGGUCUCUUUGCUUGAUCAAGCACAAGGCUGAUGCUUGGUGA